CAAGCACCUCGUUGAACCCCCACAAUCAUGUCUUUUGAGAGCGGUUAUUGGAGCCUCAAGGCCGGCCCCGUCAUCGGGGUUGGAGGGAUGUAUGCUACUGAGAACGGUCUUGGCAAUAUCGUCAGCAUUGCUGCCCAAGUCCCAUCGACUGCUGAGCGUCAAGUUUGGAAGAUUUCGGUCGUCGAACCCAAGGAAGAAAACAUAUUCACAAUCGUUCUCCACAACGAUGGCGGCACUCCUGGGGAAGAAAGUUGGUCCCUGAGGGACAAGUUUCCGGUUCCUCACGGCCCCAUCUCCACUUCAGAGGAGAUUUCUCAAUGGCGUAUUACGCGUGCAGACAAUGGUCUUCCCUCGAGCCAUCCCAUUAUCUCCAUUCAACCAAUCACACCGGCCACUGGCGGGGCGUGGUUUGUAGGAACAGAGGGGGACCGACUUGUUAUUAUACCCUUCCCUAUUGACGUGGAACAACCACCCGUCUGGCAGGCCACCCCGCAUCAUAAUUAGGUACACGGAUAUCUGAAACUCGGGAAGAUCUUCAAGGGUAGUUGUGCAAUUUCAUGAACAUUGUGGUUAUCUGUUCUAGUAUCAAGUUUCCAACGCAAUGAUUUCAGUUGUUGAUUCGCCGACUUU